AUUUGCGCGUCCAGCCGCUUUUUAACUAAAAACUGUUGUUGACGCUGUUAACGCCUACAGAGCAUUUUCCCCCUCUUCUUUUCUUACACCCGGACUCAGAGCUAAAUCUAACGGAGCUGAUUGAAAAGGAUAUCACUACUAGAAUGCCCUUUCAAGCACACUGGAUGAAAAGACUAUGAGCUGACACACUCAUAUUUUCCCCCUGCGCUGUAACGGAUUGGGGUCUGUCCGGUGAAGUCACCUACUCUAAUCUGCAAGGAGUCACUGACUGUAACGGCAUUGUAUAGAAAGAGACGUUUGAGCUGCGAAGGCUGGAAACAAAUUUACCCUUGUCAUGGAUCUAAAAGACUAUUACCUGUUGGGUGCCCUUCUUGCCUGUCUCUGGCUAGAUCCUUCAAUAGCCCAAGAGCUUAUCUAUCCCAUCAGGGAGGAGUUGCAAGAAAACGUCCUCAUUGGAAACAUACCAAAGGACCUAAACAUUUCCCAUACAAAUGCUGCCACUGGAGCGAGUGCUAAUCUUGUGUACAGGCUUGUCUCCAAAGCAGGAGACAACCCACUGGUCCGAGUUCUGAGCAGCACCGGUGAGAUAUUCACAACCUCCAACCGAAUUGACAGGGAAAAGUUGUGCCCUGGUCCGUCAUUCGAGGACAGUGAGUGCUCUUUUGAAAUUGAAGUGGUCAUCCUGCCAAAUGACUAUUUCAGACUGAUUAAGAUUAAAAUUAUUGUAAAAGACACAAAUGACAAUGCCCCCAUGUUCCCGUCGCCAGUGAUUAACAUCUCUAUCCCGGAGAACACACUCAUCAACAGCCGCUUUGCUAUUCCUUCUGCUACUGACCCAGACACCGGCCCCAACAGUGUCCACAAAUAUGAGCUGGUCAAUGGGCAAAGUGCCUUCGGCUUAGACAUUGUGGAAACGCCUGAGGGGGAAAAGUGGCCACAGCUCAUUGUGCAGCAGAACCUGGACAGAGAGCAGAAGGAUACAUACGUGAUGAAGAUCAAAGUCGAGGAUGGUGGCAGCCCACAGAAAUCCAGCACUGCCAUCCUUCAAGUUACAGUAACAGAUGUCAAUGAUAACAGACCAGUGUUUAAAGAGAGUCAGAUGGAGGUACACAUUCCAGAGAACUCCCCUAUUGGCACGUCUGUUGUGCAGCUUCAGGCUACAGACGCAGACAUAGGGGCAAAUGCUGAGAUACGGUAUGUGUUUGGUACCCAAGUGUCUCCUGCCACAAAAAGACUCUUUGCAUUAAAUUCAACAUCUGGCCUCAUAACAGUGCAGAGACCUCUGGACAGAGAGGAGACUGCUAUUCAUAAGCUGUCAGUUUUAGCUAGUGAUGGUAGCUCCAGUCCAGCCAGAGCUACUAUUACAAUUAAUGUGACUGAUGUAAAUGACAAUCCACCAAAUAUAGACCUGAGAUACAUAAUCAGCCCCAUUAAUGGCACUGUUUUCCUAUCUGAGAAGGACCCCAUCAAUACCAAGAUAGCUCUCAUCACAGUGUCAGACAAAGACACUGACAUCAAUGGCAAGGUCAUUUGCUUCAUUGAGAAGGACGUGCCCUUCCAUCUUAAAGCAGUGUAUGACAACCAGUAUCUAUUAGAGACAUCUGCAUUGCUUGAUUAUGAAGGGACAAAGGAAUACAACUUUAAAAUUGUGGCCUCUGAUUCCGGAAAACCGAGCUUGAAUCAAACUGCCUUGGUUAGAGUGAGGUUGGAGGAUGAGAAUGACAACCCACCUAUUUUUACUCAGCCAGUUAUAGAGCUGGCUGUUAUGGAAAACAACAAACGCGACCUGUUCCUGACUACUCUCAGCGCCACUGAUGAGGACAGUGGAAAAAAUGCAGAGAUAGUUUACCAGCUGGGACCGAAUGCAUCAUUCUUUGAUCUUGACCGCAAAACAGGGGUUCUGACUGCAUCCAGAGUCUUCGAUAGAGAGGAGCAGGAUAGAUUCCUCUUCACCAUAACUGCGAGAGAUAAUGGGACACCACCUCUACAAACCCAGGCAGCUGUCAUAGUAACCAUAUUAGAUGAAAAUGACAACAACCCCAAGUUCACACACAACCACUUUCAAUUCUUUGUGUCUGAGAACCUCCCCAAAUACAGCACUGUGGGGGUGAUAACUGUCACAGAUUCGGAUGCUGGAGAAAAUGCUGCUGUUUCUCUUUCCAUACUGAAUGACAAUGAGAACUUUAUCCUGGAUCCUUACUCUGGAGUGAUAAAAUCUAAUGUGUCAUUUGAUAGGGAGCAACAGAGCUCCUACACCUUUGAUGUUCGGGCUGUGGAUAGUGGCAGGCCACCUUGCUCCUCGGCUGCCAAGGUGACCAUCAAUGUCAUCGAUGUGAAUGACAACACCCCCAUUGUCAUUUAUCCACCCUCCAACACGUCAUUCAAACUAGUACCCCUCUCUUCUAUCCCAGGGUCUGUGGUAGCAGAAGUGUUUGCUGUAGAUGGUGAUACAGGGAUGAACGCAGAAUUGAAAUAUACCAUUGUGAGUGGCAAUAAUAAGGGCCUAUUCAGAAUUGACCCAGUAACGGGGAAUAUUACCCUGGAGGAGAAGCCAACUGUGACUGACAUAGGCUUACACAGAUUAGUGGUCAACAUUAGUGACCUGGGUUAUCCCAAGUCUCUCCAUACUUUGGUGCUGGUGUUCCUCUAUGUUAAUGACACUGUGGGCAACUCAACGCUAAUCUAUGAUCUCAUCCGGCGCACCAUGGAGACGCCCAUUGACCGGAACAUUGGUGAAAGCAGUGAGACUUACCAAAGUGGUGACUAUUUAACUAUAAUGAUUGCCUUCGUUACUGGCGCUUUAGUGGUCAUUAUUGUCAUUUUUGUCACUGUGCUGCUGCGCUGCCGCCAUGCCUCCAGGUUCAAAGCUGCACAAAGGAAGAAACAGGGAGCUGAGUGGAUGUCACCCAACACGGAGAACAAGCAGAACAAGAAGAAAAAGCGUAAGAAAAGGAAGUCCCCCAAAAGCUCCCUGCUCAACUUUGUCACCAUUGAGGAGAACAAACCUGACGAUCCUGCCCACGAGCCAAUCAACGGAACCAUCAGCCUUCCCACUGAGCUCGAGGAGCAAGGGAUUGGACGCUUUGAUUGGAAUGCCACACCUACCACAACGUUCAAACCCAGCAGUCCGGACCUGGCCCGACACUACAAAUCCGCCUCACCACAGUCGGCCUUCCACCUCAAGGCUGACACGCCUGUCUCGGUGAAGAAGCACCAUGUGAUUCAGGAGCUCCCAUUGGAUAACACCUUUGUCGGGGGCUGUGACACCCUUUCCAAGAGGUCCUCUACGAGCUCAGACCACUUCAGUGCCUCAGAGUGCAGCUCCCAAGGAGGGUUCAAGACGAAGGGGCCCAUGCACACCAGACAGCAGGGAACAUUAACCCGUGCCCGAACUGAACUGAACCCUGAAUAUCUGGACCUUCGUCCUCGAGCCGAGCUGAACCCCGAAUAUUGGACCCCAUGCACCCCUUUAUCGCAGCGGCGCGUCACGUUUCACCUGCCGGAUGGCUCUCAGGAGAGCUGCAGUGACAGCGGUCUGGGGGACCACGAGCCUGUAGGCAGUGGCUCCCUCCUCACACAACCUCUCCCUCUGGUGCAGGCGCAGGACGACUUCUAUGAGCAGGCCUCCCCCGAUAAGAGGACUGAAGCUGACGGCAACUCGGAUCCCAACUCUGAUGGACCGCUGGGGCCUCGUGGCCUAGUGGAAGCGACAGAGAUGUGCACACAAGAAUGCCUAGUCCUGGGACAUUCAGACAACUGCUGGAUGCCCCCAACCUUGGGAACAUACCAGCAGCCAAAAUCACCGGUGUCUAGCUUUGGCUCUCAGAGGGAGUGGGGGCCUAAGGACAAACUUCUCAACGGACAUACUCUGACCAGAACCUGGAAAAAUGAGGGUGGUCGGUCAGAGCAUUUUGGUGACAGGAAGCAAUUUGGGAGUGGAGAGGGACACUUCACCAGCAGUGGUAAUAUGGCUGAUAUCCCGCUGGUAAGUCUGAAGUCCUACCAGCCAGCCUCCUGCCCAGACAGCCCGAAGGAACAGCAGCUAUAAGAGGAACUUUGCUUCAGUGCUAUGAGAAGUCCUUACAUCUGGUCCAAACGAACAAAUGAAGCCACUCAUUUGAGCUCCUCUUGUUCUAUUUUUCUUUCUUGUUUCUGUUUCAGCCCACUUAAGUUGAUGCUUCUGCAGUGUGAUAGCUACAUGUACUGUGUAGGCCACUAGACUAGUGCUUAUGCUGUGUACUCUACAAUUCAACUUUACUAUGGCUCAAGAGGAAAAGCCUUUGUUUUUUUUUUUUUAAUGAACCUCCAUGGAUUUCUUCAAAGUAACAAUUGCUGUCCACUUCAUGUGAUUUGGACAAGUACGGGAGGAACUUGCGUGUGAUGGAGAAAAUGAAAACAAAUCAAAAGAAAAAAAGUACCAUGGCUGACCAGUAUAUACCAAUAUUUGUGGUGUGGUUGUUAUUGAGUUGUUCAGGACUAUAUUAAUCGACACAAUCAAAGAAAAUGGAGUUAUAUUUCAGAAAGUGUUGUUCUGAUAACACUGUUAGUGGACACUUGUUUAUUCUAUCAUUGUCUGUGUGUUUGUAAAUAGAACUUAUUAACCACUAUCAUGUACCUGUAAUAACCACAAUGAAUAGGACAGUUCAUAGCUGUUGAUGAUCAUUAUGGCUUGUCAUCAGGAUUAGGGAUCUCAGCUGGACAACAAUCUAUAAUGUGGCAUAAUGUACAACAAUACAUUUACCUGAUUCUUCAAAAACCCUAUGGGUGAUUUCAAAACAAAUUUUCCAACCAGUAAUGCGCUCAGUAUUGCCCAUAUGUCAUAAUUCUUUUGUUAAAGUAUCACAACAACACAGGCAAACUUUUUUCAAAGACAUUUUGUAUGACAGAUGUCAGUGCUCAAUAUCUACAUUAUAAAAAUGGAAAAACUCUCCUCUAUAAACUAAUUUUGAAAGUGUUCAGUACAAUUAAAUAGCAAUAUAUUUGUAAAUGGCUAAAUGUUUUAUCUAAUGUUGAUCUUAUUACUGUAUAGAUUUUAUUCAAAUUGUGAUUUAACUGAGUGCAAUUCCUCAGUAGUACUUUGCAAUUUAAAUACAUAUAUACCCUUAUUUCCACACAGGCUUAUUAUUUUCCAUACAUAAGAGAACACAGGUUAAGACUACACUUUAAUCACUGUGCCUUCAUGAUGUCUCUUCAAACACUGAAUUGUGAGUAUUUAAAUAACAAGAAUAAGUUUGGCUACAAAUAAUACCCUUUUAAAUAAUCAAACGCCUUAUGCAUUAAAUGUUUGCCAAAUUCAGAGACACAGUCACACAGAUAUGACAGUUCAAAAUCAAGUCAUUGACACUGAU